AUGACUCAAAGUUUCUCUAUUUCCUUGGAUCAGAAAAUACAGUUCGAGAAAGUGCUGGUCUGUUUAUGGCUUUUUGGCCUUUUUGGAAUAACUCUUGAUCUUCAAGAGGAUCUGUUGGCUGGCUCCCUUUGAGGAUUUCGCUGCCAAAUUCUUUCUCAAGACAUCAUGACCCAGAUUAUCGAGAAAGAGAACUCUAACAAAUGGGAAGGUAUCCAGAUAUCUAAGAAUAGUAGAUUUUCCACUGCAGAUUCCACCUAUAACUCCAAUUUUAUACAGGCCUUUGCCUGACCAUUUCAGCAUUUUUAA